UGGCCGUGCUGUGUAGAUCAGAAAUUAAGCACCAUGAAGUAUUUUCCUGAAGUCGUGAGAAAAAUGAAAACAAAGAGGGAAAGCAUACACUGCUUCUGUUUAUAAAUCUAAUUUCUGCGAGUGCAUUUCUCAACGUUAUGUAAAUAAUUGCACGCUGUCAGUCUUCCCUUCGUGUGAAGCUCUGGACCUGCGCUGUCGACCGCUCCAUCACAACGUCGGCUGUCAGUCUGCUACAUUUUCCGUCUGUCUCAAAGCUAGCUAGCUGGCAGCAGCUACUGUAACACCUCAGCUGGAAGAAGGAACCUCACAUUUCUGAAUUUACGCCCCCAGUUGCACGGAGAGGUGCAUCCUAGAGGAUGCAGUCUGAUGGAGGAGUUGUCUAGUUUUGUGAAGAGGCGCCAUGUUUCCUUGUCAUGUAACUCCUUGGCCCUCUGGUGAGUCUCCGGCGUCCUGCGGCAGUCAUGCACCGUCAGUGCAGCAACCUCUCCCUGAUCUGCUGCGCAGCUGCCCCGCCCCACCUUUAAACGCGCACUCUCAGACACCGUCCCCAGACCCCAUGGAGUCCCUCAUUGUGGUCACGGAGUAUGAACCAAGUCAACCACCCGGAGAGGAAGAGGUGGAAGAAAUGGACAGCUCUGAGACACCGGAGCCAGCUUCCUCAGCAGGAGCACCUUUCCGGACUCCAUCCUGCGACCUGCUGUCCCAUGCAGUUGGUCGGCCCGAGGUUCUGCUGCCUGAAAGCCAAGAGCAACGGGGCAGAUUGAGUUUGUCUGACCGGAAACUUUCUCUCCAAGAACGCUCACACACGGCCACCUCGCCCUGCAGUUCCCCUGGACUUAACGGGCGCUAUAUUUACCCGUCGUUACCUUACUCUCCCAUCACAUCGCCCCACUCCUCCCCUCGCCUGCCCCGCCGGCCCACUGUGGAGUCCCACAGCGUUUCCAUCAUAGAUCUCCAGGACUGCGUUCAGCUCAACCAGUACAAACUGAAGGAUGAGAUUGGAAAGGGCUCUUAUGGUGUUGUCAAGCUUGCUUACAAUGAGGAUGACAACACAUACUAUGCGAUGAAGCUUCUGUCCAAGAAGAGGCUCCUGAGGCAAGCAGGGUUUCCACGGAGACCACCUCCUCGUGGAACCAGAGCAGUCCCCGAGGGUCCAGCUCAGCAUAAAGGGCCACUGGAACGAGUUUAUCAAGAAAUAGCCAUUCUAAAAAAACUCGACCAUCCUAAUGUAGUUAAACUAGUAGAGGUUUUGGAUGACCCCAGCGAGGACCAUCUGUACAUGGUGUUUGAGCUGGUGAAGCAAGGGGCUGUGAUGGAGGUGCCAACUGAUAAACCCUUCAGCGAGGAACAGGCCCGCUUUUACUUCAGGGAUCUGCUGAGAGGAAUCGAGUACUUGCAUUAUCAGAGAAUCAUCCAUAGAGACAUCAAACCCUCCAACCUGUUGGUGGGAGAAGAUGGCCACAUCAAGAUUGCAGACUUUGGAGUUAGCAACCAGUUUGAAGGUGCCGAUGCCCUGCUCACCAGCACAGUGGGAACACCUGCUUUCCUCGCUCCCGAAACACUUUCUGAGACCAGAAAAAAUUUCUCUGGGAAGGCAUUGGAUGUCUGGGCUAUGGGAGUAACGCUUUACUGCUUCGUCUUUGGAGUGUGUCCUUUUAUGGAUGAGCGCAUUCUUAGUCUACAUCAAAAAAUCAAAACCCAACCUGUGGUGAUACCAGAAUGUGCAAACAUAUCGGAUGGCCUCAAAGAUUUGCUGUUGAAAAUGUUGGACAAGAAGCCAGAGGCCAGAAUAUCAGUGGCACAGAUAAAGGCUCAUCCGUGGGUGACGAAGAACGGUGCCGAGCCUCUUCCUCCUGAGGAUGACAACUGCUGUUUGCUGAUUGAGGUCACUGAGGAGGAAGUGGAGAACUCUGUUAAACACAUCCCAAGCCUGGCUACAGUGAUUUUGGUGAGAACCAUGUUAAGGAAGCGCUCCUUUGGGAAUCCCUUUGACUUGAGCCGAAAGGAGGAUCGCAGCGGUUUGUGUGCUCCAGCGCAAACAUUUACGAAACAAGAGAGCGCAGACGGAGUGAGAAGCAUGGACCUGCCCUACGUAGGAGAAGACAAGGCUCUUUCCUGAUGGAAACGGCUUUAUAUGCACACUGAUAUCUUCCUGCCUGUAACUGCACAACACGACAACCCCUUUACUCUUUGCAACCGGCCGUCAACGCUUACAGACUUUAACUUUUUACGUUGGAUGUGAAGAAUUUUAAAAUUAGGGACGAACUUAUGAUCUUAAGGACUUUGGCGAGGAUUUUGUGACGACGGUUAUCGUUUCUCUUCUUGUACAGCUUACCUUUGGGGUGGUGGGGGCUUGUGACUGUCGUAUGUGAACCUUGAAAUGUCACAUCCUUUUCCUCAACUUACACUUCUCCUCCUCCUCCUACUCUCUUGCAUGCGUUUAUAGUCUCAGCAUGCCUCGUCUCAGGCUUCAAUGGUCCAGUUUCAGGUUUUUAACGUAGUCUAAUUCCUAGAUCCCCCACUUGUUUUUACUUGAUAAGAUCUUCAGGUGUACUGCGCUGAGAGG